UUGUGAUUUGAGUUGAGAGUGAAGUCAGAUGAAGAUGUUGUUUAUCAUGAACGUCUCAGUGCUGUUACUGCUGAUCUUUCCAUCCAUCAUCUCUAAAGUUAUAGACUUCAGUAAGUGUAGUCAGUUUUUUCAUCAAGGACAGCCUCCAGUGAUUCCUGACAUUCUGGAAAAUUCACGCUCCAAGAAUAGUCAAUACAAGACGAUCUGUCAAAACUAUGAGAACGAGUACAGAUUUGCGACGCUCUACGACACAACAAACAGGAUUCCAGUUUUCUCAGCUUACAGAUUCACUGGGAAUAAGACCAUUGAAAGACCAGUAAACACCUGGAGGAUCGAGCCUGAGCUUGAACUUCUCACCAGUGAUGAGAUGAGAGUCUCGUAUGAAAAACAAGCUACAGAUGAAGAUUACAUUGAUAAUAACUAUAAAGUGAAUCGCGGUCACUUGUUUCCCGUCUGUCAUUCAAGUGAUGAAUUUACAGCUAACUCUACAUUCACACUGACCAACAUUGUGCCACAGAAGAUCAGCUUUAAUAAAGGCAGCUGGAAUCGCUUGGAAAUCAAGGCCAUUAAGGUGAUGGAUAAAUACUGCCAUGAAAAAAAUGACAAAAAAAAAGUUUUGGCCCACGUGCUAACAGGCGCUGUACCGGGUAACAAUAAACUAAACAACAGAGUGAAUAUACCAUCAUCCAUGUGGAUGACUUUCUGCUGCUAUAACAGCACCUCCAGUUCAUGGGCUUCUCAAGCUUACUGGGCUCCAAAUGAAGAUGAAAAAAAAAGUGACAAUGUCACAAUCAGUCAAAGAAGCCUGGAGGAAUUACAAGAAUUCCUGAGUAGAAAAUGGGUAAAAAUCACAAAGCUAUUUUACAACAAUUGUAAGUGAACAAUUGUAAGUGAAAAGAGUAGGAUUCAAAGGCAGACAGAUUAAUAAUGCUGGUGUUGACAUUUCAUCUCUUUGUAGGAUUAGACAUUUCUGUAGGCUCAUCUCACAAUAAUCCUGCUUUAAACUCAACACAACUGCUCUUUAGCACAUGCUUAGCAAAUACAAUUUCAGCAAGUAUACUUAGAUGUAUUGUUAAAGUAUAUAUUUAAAAAGUAAAAGUUUGAGAAAUCUAAAGCACAAAGCAUGCAUUGAAUGUGACUGUGUAUUAGGGCUGCACGAUUAUGACAAAAAUAACAAUUGUCGAUAAUUCACAUUGAUAUUGUAAUAGAUUUAUAUUAAAGUUUUGAAAUGUUUUCUAAAUGUUAAAUUUAAUUAUCCUGAACUAAAUCAUAUAAUGUAAAUAACAAUUUGUGAGUUAUGUUGUUAGUAAAAAAAUCCUAAAUUAAUGGCUAAAGGACACGUGAACUUAUCAAUUUUAAAAUCUCUGAUUUAACACUUUAUUUGGACCAACAUACUGCCAAAACACACAGAAAUGAACACAAACGGACAGCUGUAAUUGAGGCUUUUGCCGAAUAAGUAAUUGUUUUACUUUUAGUUUUUUGGUUAAUAGACCCUUUUACUGUUUGUACAGAAUUAUGUCGUGGCAGUGUAUGCAUGCACAUUUAGGCAAUGGAAGUAUGGCAAGAAUCAGCACUGAAGCAACACAGACAGAGAAAGUUAUUUUAAAAAGUUGACUUUAUCAACUUUUUCAACACAGCUACCAGAUCCGUGUACUUUAGUGGAGUGGAUAGAAGACGUUAACAGAUAGCCAAAAAUAAAGUUGCAGAUACAUAUAUACGUAUAUUAGUAUAUAAUAUAAGUGCAACCAAAUGCAACAACCAUUUUGAUGCUGGGAAACCGUUUUAAUAAACUUUCUGAGUUGCUAACACGUUAGAACCACUGGGGAACAACACCACUUCUUUUGCCAAAAUGUGCGCGCAGGCUAUUUGAUCACGUGAGCUGUAAAAGGGUCUAUA